AUGUAUGGUUUCCGAUUUGUUAAAGAAGAACUGGUACAGCUGAUUAAAUUAUUUUAUCUUAUUCUUGUUAGAAAAGAUCAAUGGGAAGACAUAAUCACCUUCUCAGCCUUGGCUCUCGAGGACUUAAUGAACAAAUCUUACCUUGACCACAAGGACCUGGUCUUAGAUUGGGAGCCAGUAUACCAACUUUAUUAUGGUGCAAAUUACGGCAAACUUGAAGAAGUUGACGGAAAAAAUAUGCGCAAUGCUGUUGUUCGAUUGAAGCGCUUCUACAGACCUUCUGAAUCACCAAAAAUAUGGAAUAAGAUACAAACCCAUCUUUCGCCUGUGUAUUCUACAAAAGAGUUUUGUGAUCUAGCGUUAAUGUUUCUGCCAGUCAAAAUGAGUACUGAGGAACAUAAAAAGUAUGGCGCUGGUCUGUGGUUUGACACGAUGUGGAAAAUGUACGAAGUAGUAGAAAUGGGAGAUAAGUGGGGUUCAGAACUACCCGGUCUAUUUGCAUCGCUUGCUUACAACAAUCCAGACCUCAUUGACUGGUCACCUUUCUACGACACUAUUUUCACGCGGUGCAUACGAUCUAUGGGAUUGAGCAUUCGCGAAGGCAAAAAUCCGGACUCCGGAACGUUCUUGGACAUGAUUACAGGUUUUCCAUUCAAGCCGCAGUCUGAUGCACACUUUGCCUAUCAUAAAAUCGACUGUUUGCUUCGUUAG